GACUUGGAGAAUAGAAAUGGCAAUUCUGCAGCGAGUUUUCCCACUACUUGUUGCGAUUGCUGCAGCAUUCGAGUCUGCAGCAUCAGCAGCACCAGUCACGUAUGUGUUUGGCGACUCGUUGACAGAAGUGGGAAACAACAACUUCCUGCAGUCUCUUGCCAAGUCGAACUACCCGUUCUAUGGAAUUGAUUAUUUUGGGGGAAUGGCCACGGGAAGAUUCACUAAUGGAAAAACCGUUGGCGAUAUAAUAUCUGAAAAGAUGGGGAUUCCAUCUCCGCCUCCAUAUCUUGCCUUGCUACCCAACGAUGAAGCGUACCUGACCGGAGUGAACUAUGCAUCUGGUGGAGCUGGAAUACUCAAUGAUACUGGGCUCUACUUUGUUCAGAGGCUGACAUUUGAUGAUCAGAUUAGUUACUUCGAGAAGACAAAGGAAGCUAUCAAGGCCACACUUGGAGAUGAGGCUGCAGAAAAACACUGCAAUGAGGCACUUUACUUCGUUGGAAUUGGUAGUAAUGACUAUGUAAACAACUUCUUGCAGCCCUUCUUAGCAAAAGGCAUUUUUUAUACUCAUGAUCAAUUCUUGGAACUUUUGACGUCUACCUUAAGCCAACAAUUCACGAGGCUUUAUCAUCUAGGUGCAAGAAAGAUACUCUACCACAGCUUGGGGCCUCUCGGCUGCAUUCCUUCCCAGAGGGUGAAAUCGAAAACAGGGGAAUGCCUAUAUCAAGUCAAUGAAUAUGUUCAGGAAUUCAAUUCGAGAGUAAAGAAUUUGAUAACUACGCUAAAUAGCCAGCUCCCAUAUGCAAAGAUGACAUUUGCAGACACUUAUCACGACGUUUUGGACUUAAUUGAGAACCCCUCUGCCUAUGGUUUCAAGUUUUCCAACACGUCGUGUUGCAAUGUGGACACGAGCGUGGGAGGGCUUUGUCUCCCGAACUCAAAGCUGUGUCUAAACCGCUCAGAGUAUGUGUUUUGGGAUGCUUACCAUCCCUCAGAAGCUGCAAAUCUCGUGCUUGCAGGAAAGAUUUUCACCUACCUCGAUAAAGCUCACAGUCCUUCUUCCCCUGCUCCCAAGCCUUCUCAUCAUAGGCGACUGCUUUCAGCAGAAACUCACUUGUCUGACUAAUACAAAUGGAAGAUCAAUUCAUAAGUCAUGUAAAAGGGAAGAGUAUGAAUACAUAUACCAAUUAAAGAAGCAUUUGUAGUUUAAAAUUGUUGAGAAAACCUGCAAAGAACACGCGAGUGAUCUUGAUUCUUGCAAGUGUGUUCAAGUUUACUAAUGAGUCUUCAAAGAUGAGAAGCUGUAUAACAUUA